CCUAGACAACUUCUGUAGGACGAAACAAAACACAAACUGAGAAAGUUGAAGCAGAAUGGCCCCUGUCAGCGAAAGCAGUGACUUUUACUAUGGAUCACGUCUAUUAUCACCAUUAGUUCCAAUACUUGGAUUAUCGAUCGAUCAGAUAAAUUUUCUAGUAUGUCAGCUGGUUGCAAUGGCUAUUGGAAUUCCAUUCCGCAAUAUGUUAGAUCCCAGGAGCACAAGUCCUAGAGUGAGACAUGCUGUUGAGCUGCUGCUUGGUAUAGCAUUGGUCCUGUUUUGUUUUGGAAGUCAGAUUAUUCACUUGUUUAUACAAGCAUCCUUGGGUUAUGUGCUGCUGCAGUUUAUUGGUCAGAAAUGGAUGCCUGUGUCGGUGUUUGUUGUAGCAAUGGGCUAUCUUGCUUGGUGUCACAUACAUAGAAUGAUCCUAGAUUAUGGUGGCUACACACUGGAUAUAACUGGACCACUAAUGAUCUCUGUUCAGAAGAUAACAGUUGUCGCUUUUGGCCUAAAUGAUGGUAAAAACAGAGAAGAGAAAGAUCUCAACCCAAAUCAAAAAUCUAAAGCAAUAAGAGAAAUGCCUGAUUUACUGACCUAUUACAGCUACAUAUUCAGUUUCCACAAUGUGAUGUGUGGCCCCCUAGUGUUUUACAAGGAUUAUUGUGCUUUUAUAGAUGGCUCUUGUUAUACUUCUAACUCGGAAAAUAGCAAUAAUAAGGAUAUUCCUUCACCAAAGGAGGUAUUUCUACAAAAACUAGUGACUGUAGUUAUACUGGGGGCAUUGAUGAUGAUGGAACCAUUCAUAGCGCCAUGGUCACGUAUGAAAGAUGAUGACUUUCUGUACAAUACAACAUGGAUAUACAGGAAUUUUUAUUUGCUAUGCUCCAUGACCAUGCAUAGACCAAUGUAUUACUUUGCCUGGAAACUAGGUGAAUUGGUGAAUAACUCAUGUGGACUAGGAUUUUCUGGUUAUGAUGAUAAAGGAAAUUCUAAGUGGGAUUUGCUAGAUAAUGUUAAAAUCUAUCAACUAGAGACGUGUACAAGUCUUAAAGUGAAUGUAGAUUCAUGGAAUGUGACAACAGCUCAUUGGUUGAGAUAUAGUGUAUACGAGAGAUGCCCCGCCUCCAUUGCUACAUGGGCAGUAUUUAUAAUUAGUGCAUUUUGGCACGGAUUUUAUCCCGGGUAUUACAUGGCGUUCCUCACUGCAGCUCUCUUUACAACAGCUGCAAGACUGGUACGGCGGAAUAUACGACCCUAUUUUUUGCAAUCGACAGUGCAUACUAAUUUCUACGACUUUAUUACAUUUUGGUUCACAAGAUUUGCAAAUAGCUAUUUUAUAUUGUCCUUUGUUCUUCUUGAAACCAAAUAUUCUAUCCCUCUGUACGGGUCAUUGUUUUGGUGGUUACAUUUGCUGUCAUUUGGAGCUAUAGUCUACUACAAUUUCCUGCAAAGAAUAAUCUUUCCUGUGAAGAAAGACAAAGCAUCAAAAAGCAGUUAAUUAGACAGUGUUUUGUUUUAGAAAUAUUUUGACUGUUUAAUUAUGUUGUGUUGUUGUUGUUAGUUUUUUAAUGCUCUUGAAAUUUUUUGUCACUGAAGGAUAAUGUUACCAAUUUGUCCUUCAUUCUGUUCUUUAAUCACACCUACUGGGACUUACACUUUCUCAUUUCAGUUUAUUGUCUAAUGUCUUUGGUCUGUUGGUACUAUAGACAAACUUCUACACUUGUUUAGGGUUUUUCAGGUUGAUUGGGUAAAUACAUUGACCUUAACACUUGUGUAGGGUUUCAGGUUGAUUGACCUUUAUCAUUGCAUGGAAUUUUAGGUUGAUUUGGUCAAUACAUUGUCCUUUACACUUGUGUGGGGUUUUAGGUUGAUUUGGUCAAUGCAUUGACCUUUACACUUGUGUGGGGUUUUAGGUUGAUUUGGUCAAUGCAUUGACCUUUACACUUGUGUGGGGUUUUAGGUUGAUUUGGUCAAUACAUUGUCCUUUACACUUGUGUGGGGUUUUAGGUUGAUUUGGUCAAUGCAUUGACCUUUACACUUGUGUGGGGUUUUAGGUUGAUUUGGUCAAUGCAUUGACCUUUACACUUGUGUGGGGUUUUAGGUUGAUUUGGUCAAUGCAUUGACCUUUACACUUGUGUGGGGUUUUAGGUUGAUUUGGUCAAUGCAUAGACCUUUACACUUGUGUGGGGUUUUAGGUUGAUUUAGUCAAUACAUUGACCUUUACACUUGUGUGGGGUUUGAGGCUGAUUGGGUCAUUGACCUUUACACUUGUGCGAGGUUUCACGUUGAUAAAUACAUACACCUUUAUACUUGUGUGGGGUUUUAGGUUGAUUUGGUCAAUAUCACUGAUGCUAAAAAAAAAAUCUUCCAACUUCUACUUACUUUAAGCCAAAUAUGAAGUCUUUAGCUGUUGAAAUAGCAGCGUCAGGGAGAAAGCAUUUGUUGUAGGUCAAUAUCACUGAUGCUGAAAUAGAUCUUCCAACUUUUAAUUAUGUUAAACCUCCAUAUCAUUAGCUUAUGAAAGAAGCAGCAUCAGGGAGAAUACAUUAAUUAGUGUAACUGAUAAUCUUUGUUAGGAUUAUUACUUAUUAUCUUGAUGCAGAUUAUCCUUCCAGUGUCAUUCAAGUAGCUUACUUGAAUGAUAUUUGCUUGUACAUAUAAACAAGUUUCGAAUAAACUGCUACAUGGUCAGUAACAUAUCUUUCUACACAUAUGUAAGGUUAUAGUCUCAGUGGCAUACAUGUAUACAAAUACACAGUCAUGUCACAUUUAUGUUGUUAAAUAUGACAGAAUCAAAUAACUUUGCAUUUGCAUAUCUCUUUUUGUGUUAACUUAUUUAGUACAGAAAUUUUAAAUGUUUAGAUAAUAAUGAGAAGUAUGAGUAUGUACGUAAUUAUAAGUACAUAUCUAUUUAUAUUAAAUUAGCAUAUUGCUUAUUUUGAAUCAUUAGCAUGUUGUGUUUGGAAUUUAGAACUGUCAUGAAGUAUUGUGUCAGAAUGAAUCAACCUAAAAGUUUAAAGUUGUGAAGACCUCUGGAAUGUGUAUGUAAGAUUGUUUAUCAACAGUAAGCCGUUUAUAUUUUCCUAUAUCCUCAAGCACUCUAAGCACUCACACUAUUUUAUAACAUGGAAUAGCAAAGAUACUUGUUGCCAGUCAUUAGCUUGUAAACUUAUCAAUUUCAUUAUUUAAGUUAUUAUUGUAAUUAUUGUUAAGGUAUUUUUUUUCAGAAAUGAUUUAUUCACUGACAUUAGUGUAAAUGAAAAUUUUAGUAAAUUUACGUGGAUAUGUUAUAAUAUAGCAAAUUAUGAUGAAGAUAUAAUGUAAAAUACUCAAAAAAAUUAAAAGUUAACAUUCUUUCACAACUUUGUUUAGGACACAUUUUUGUAGUAAAAUUAUUUUUAAAAAAUGCAAUGGCUUUAUUUUUGACAUUAAGAAACAUUAUUUACAUCAAGAUUAUUUAGUGUUACCUAAGAAGUUUGCUCAAAUUACAAAGACGGAUUAUUUAUAUGGCAUUAAAUUGUGAUAGAUUUGAACAUUUCAUGUACAAAAUAUUAAUUUAUUAAUGCUAGUAUACCAUCAGAGUUGAUUUUCGUGCAGAAAAAGUUAAAGGCAAGGACAUUACAUUAAGCAAGCAUUAAAGAAACACCCAUGCAAGUUUAAAUUAACCAUUUAUGUAUUAAAUACUCAGGUUUUACAUGAUAGUUAUUUCAUGCUUAGUUUUGUUAUAUGAUACAUGCUGUCUAUACCAUGUGACUUUUUGUGAUCUGUUUGGUACAGGAAAAAAAAGAUACAUACAUGGUUCAUGGUUCCAUAACUUUUUAAAGAUCCUGUUUCACAAUUUUCUCAUGGUUUUAAAUCAUAAAUAUGAUGCUCAAAUUAAGAUUUAUCAAUAUUGUAGGUUCCAAAAAGCAUUAUUUAUAAAGACAUUACCGAAUUUAACAUUUCAUGUAAAUAAAGGGAGGUAAUAAAAAAAUUCAUUUUCCAUAAAGUUUAAGUUAAAUUUUACAAUAAGAAAUAAAUGCAUAUAUUUUAAUGAUUACAUAUUUUAUCACAUAAUCCGUGGCACAGGAGUGUAAUAAAGCCAUUUAUUUUUGUUAAAAAAAACAUUCUAUUUAUGCUUUACAAACAUUAGAAUUAUUAAAAAGAAAAUAUGGAAUAAAAGAAUACUUCCAGAACCAUCUUUUGUAUUGGGUUUUCUGCCCCAUGCAGAUCACAAAAUUUCAUGUGAUUAAGCACUGAGUGACAGAUCUUUAAAAAGUGUAUGUUUUACCUUUUAUUUAAGAUUUGAAUAAAUGUGAAAGUAAUUUUUUAGCUUACUGAGGAAUAGGUGAAUUUUUUGUUCCCCGUGAGUUGAACAACUAUUUAUAUUUAUAGAUUUCAUUUUUUUUUUCAAAAUCAGUUGUAGAAUAUAUUGCAGUAGUUAGAUCUAAAUAAAUUUUAACACUCGUAUUUUUUUCUCAAAAUGCAUAAUAUACAUGUUAUGUUGUUUAUCAUUAAUUAAAUCUACUAAUUAGAUCCACCCUUUAAGGUACUUUCCUCUUGAUCCAUGAUUUGUAGUUUAGUGUGUUAGUGUUCACUUAAAAAAAGAAUCUUUCUGCAGAAAGGUAACUAAAACAGCUUAUUUUGUCUAUAUGUGAAUUAUUUUGAUUACAAAUGUAUAUCAUGUUUUCCAAAUUAUGUCAUUUUUUUACUACUAACAACUUGUUCACAUACUAAUAUUUACAUAAUGAUAAUUAUUCGUCUACAAUGACUAUUCAGGUAUGAAACUCUUGCCCUGCUGAAUUUGUGUCAUUUACAUGCCCAGCUUUAAAUUUGGAGCAAUUCAUAUUGAAUUGGAAGAAUUCAUGCCUGUACAAGUACUAUAGCUAUUGCAUACGCACAGAAUAUCACAUGGCAAUGUUUUAGCUAUCGCAUGCGCACAUAUUAAAUAAAAGGUUUCCUAUUACUAACCCUCUUUAUGCCAUCAUUGUCAAAUAUUGGUACUGUACUUGUGAAUUACCUCAAUUGACUACCUGUGUUACAGUCAGUACCACCAAACAAUAGCUUUAAAAUUAUAGUUCUCCAAACAAAAGUUUUAAAGAAUCUACACUGAGGUUUAAAAGCUUAAAAAUUUUAAUUCUUCCAUUGAUUACUUGAACAUUUGUAACAUAAAAUGUGCAGAAGAUAAUACAGAAUAUAAAAGAAAGAAUUGAAUUGAAAAUUGAUUUUUAUGAGAUUUUUAGCCCAGUUUAACUAAAAAGGCAUUUAAAGCUGCAUGCCUCCAGAUGAACCAAAAUAAAAUUCAAUAAAAUUUAACUUAAGAAAUAUGUAAUGAUUUUUAAGAAAAGUUGAAGGAUUCAGGUAAUAAUAUUCAUGUUGUGUGUGAUUUGCCAUAGUUAUCAGCAUAUUUCUACUGCGUGACUAAUGCA